GAAGAGCAAGCCAGCGAAGGGUCUCACCUUCGGUGCGAGGCUGGGUUGUUGCAUCCUGCUGCUGCCUUUUCUGCUUCUGUUCCCGCAGCUGCUGUUUCUGCCAUCAGCUCUGUUACUUGACUGACUGGCUCUACUGGGGAACAUAGUCAAAUUGGAAUAGAGUAGCAGUUUGGACUUUUAAAAGAUGCAAGCUGUUUUAAAGACAGUGAGGAGCUCAACAUAAACAGGGGAAAGAGCACAGUAUGCUGCUACUUGGAGGGUGUUGAUUGAAAACUUCGAUCUCCCACCCCUUUCACGGUUGAUUUGACUGAUUUCUCACCUCGUUCACAGAAAAUAUUUCAAUUAAGGUCCCCUUAGAUGGAAUAUAAUAAAGCAGAAGCUUCAAAAGGAUUAAUGCCUGGAUUAUCAUUUCUGCAAUAAAACAGAAAUCUAAGUGGUGAAGACCACAGGCACCUCAAUCCUGGAUUCCAGAAUUCUAUAUUAAGCACUGGAGUUUUUAGUACUCUGCUAUAGGAAAGCCUUUGCCAAUGCUUACAAGGAACUGUUUAUCCCUGCUUCUCUGGAUCCUGUUUGAUGGAGGUCUCCUAACACCACUUCAACCACAGCCACAACAGACUUUAGGCACAGAACCAAGAGAAAAUGUUAUCCAUCUGCCAGGGCAACGAUCGCAUUUCCAACGAGUUAAACGUGGUUGGGUAUGGAAUCAAUUUUUUGUGCUGGAGGAAUACAUGGGCUCCGAACCUCAAUAUGUGGGAAAGCUUCAUUCUGACUUGGACAAGGGAGAGGGUACUGUUAAAUACACCCUCUCAGGAGAUGGUGCCGGGACCGUUUUUACCAUUGAUGAAACCACAGGCGACAUUCAUGCAAUAAGGAGCCUGGAUAGAGAAGAAAAACCUUUCUAUACCCUUCGUGCACAGGCUGUAGACAUAGAGACCAGGAAGCCUUUGGAGCCUGAAUCAGAAUUCAUCAUCAAAGUGCAGGAUAUUAAUGACAAUGAGCCAAAGUUUUUGGAUGGACCUUAUGUUGCUAGUGUUCCAGAAAUGUCUCCUGUGGGUGCAUAUGUGCUCCAGGUCAAGGCCACGGAUGCAGAUGACCCAACCUAUGGAAACAGUGCCAGAGUUGUUUACAGCAUUCUUCAGGGACAACCUUAUUUCUCUAUUGAUCCCAAGACAGGUAUUAUUAGAACAGCUUUGCCAAACAUGGAUAGAGAAGUCAAAGAACAAUACCAAGUUCUCAUUCAAGCCAAAGAUAUGGGAGGACAACUAGGAGGACUGGCUGGAACAACAGUAGUCAACAUCACCCUCAGUGACGUCAAUGACAAUCCACCUCGCUUCCCCAAAAGCAUCUUCCAUCUGAAAGUUCCUGAAUCUUCUCCUGUUGGCUCAGCUAUUGGAAGAAUAAGAGCUGUGGAUCCUGAUUUUGGACAAAAUGCGGAAAUUGAGUACAAUAUUGUUCCCGGAGAUGGAGGGAAUUUGUUUGACAUCAUCACAGAUGAGGAUACACAAGAAGGAGUUAUCAAACUGAAAAAGCCUUUAGAUUUUGAAACGAAGAAGGCAUAUACUUUUAAAGUAGAGGCCUCCAACCUUCACCUUGACCACCGGUUUCACUCUGCUGGCCCUUUCAAAGACACUGCUACAGUGAAGAUCAGUGUUCUGGAUGUAGAUGAGCCACCAGUAUUUAGCAAGCCACUUUACACCAUGGAAGUUUAUGAAGACACCCCUGUCGGGACCAUCAUUGGCGCUGUAACUGCACAAGACCUGGAUGUGGGCAGUAGUGCUGUUAGGUACUUCAUAGAUUGGAAGAGUGAUGGGGACAGCUACUUUACAAUAGAUGGAACAGAAGGAACCAUCGCCACUAAUGAAUUACUAGACAGAGAAAGCACUGCACAGUAUAAUUUCUCCAUAAUUGCGAGUAAAGUUAGUAACCCAUUAUUAACCAGCAAAGUCAACAUACUAAUUAAUGUCUUAGAUGUCAAUGAAUUUCCUCCAGAAAUAUCUGUGCCAUAUGAGACAGCCGUCUGUGAAAAUGCAAAACCAGGACAGAUAAUUCAGAUAGUCAGUGCUGCAGAUCGAGAUCUUUCACCUGCUGGGCAGCAGUUCUCCUUUAGAUUAUCCCCUGAGGCUGCCAUCAAACCAAAUUUUACAGUCCGGGACUUCAGAAACAACACAGCUGGAAUUGAAACCAGAAGAAAUGGAUACAGCCGCAGACAGCAAGAGUUGUAUUUCCUCCCUGUUGUAAUAGAAGACAGCAGCUACCCUGUCCAGAGCAGUACAAACACAAUGACUAUUCGAGUUUGUAGGUGUGACUCUGAUGGUACUAUCCUGUCAUGUAAUGUGGAAGCAAUUUUUCUGCCUGUUGGAUUGAGCACUGGCGCUUUAAUUGCAAUCCUACUAUGCAUCGUUAUACUUUUAGCCAUAGUUGUGCUGUACAUCGCAUUGCGCAGGCAGAGGAAGAAGGACACCCUGAUGACCUCCAAGGAAGACAUAAGAGACAACGUCAUUCACUAUGACGACGAAGGAGGCGGGGAGGAGGACACGCAGGCCUUCGACAUCGGGGCGCUGAGAAACCCGACAGCAGUGGAAGAGAACAAAAUCCGCAGGGACAUCAAGCCAGACUCUCUUUGCCUGCCCCGCCAGAGGCCCCCGGUGGAAGACAGCACGGACAUCAGGGACUUCAUCCAUCAGAGGCUGCAGGAGCACGACCUGGACCCCGCCGCCCCGCCCUAUGACUCGCUGGCCACCUUCGCCUACGAGGGCGCAGGGUCGCUAGCCGGGUCGCUCAGCUCCAUUGACUCGCUGGCCACGGAUGCUGACCAGGACUACGACUACCUGGCGGACUGGGGACCGCGCUUCAAGGUCCUUGCUGACAUGUUCGGUGAAGAAGAGAGCUACAACCCCGACAAAGUCACUUAGGGAGAGGCGGAGGCUAGGUGCAGAGGAGGAGAGAUUUUUUAACUGGAGCAACACAAGUAGACAUCAACGCGCGCGCACACACACAGGCUUUAUAAUGCAGGAUUCUUUUGACUGAUCUGGUUUCUAGCAAGUGGCUAUAUUUAUCAUACUGUCAGUUUUGGUUUAUUCUGUCUACACAAGAUAAAUCCUAUAAUAUGUACUUGCUUUGUUUUGUUUUGUUAUUUCAGAAACACGCUGAGACAAGCUCAGGCCUAUUAAAUACGAUUUACUGACAUGACAACCUACAACGAAGAUAGCUAUGUGGCAUCACGGUGGAAGAGUGUUAGAUUUUUCUUAAUUCCACUAAAGUGCCUAUUGAAACUCUUAUCAUUUAAAGUGGUGUACCCUACACUCUGCUGUGAUGUGGUUGCAGGAUUCAGUGAUAAAGAGGAAUAAACAAAGACAUCUUCAAGGAGCAAUAGCACCCUGCUGACUCUUCUCAUUCCUUUUGAGACAAAAAGGAAACUCUGAACUCCAUCUUCUUAUAAUUCGAAGGUGUUUCUUUUUAAAACUGUAUGCCAAGACACGUUUGCUUUUCCUACCCUUUCAGAAAAUUGAAAUAAAUGUGAUAAUAUCAAAUUAAAUAUGUAACCCAUGAAUUUGAAAAGCAAUGUUUGAUCGUAACAUAAGUUCAUAUUAAAGAAUGUUAAUUAAAAUAUUACUUUUUUUCCAAAAAAAUAAAAUUUUAAAAAAGAAAUGGAAAAAAAAUCCCUCUUUAUAAAGAGAGGCCUCAGGGCUCAAAUUCCACAUUAAAAUAAAUAUUGGUUUUGUUUUAUACUGUA